AUGUCGAACCCUACUGAACGGCCAUGGUCCGAAGAGGAGAAGAAAGUCCUUCUCACGGAGAUACUAAAGAAAGACGGGAUACCUUCCAGAUAUCUAGUCAAAUUGAUAUGUGACCUUAAGAUCAAUCCGGCCUGGUCGUACAUUCCCCUUCCUCCAGGGAGGUCGCUCAACUCAUGCCAGCUGGCAUUCGGUCACAUGUGCCAGCAGCAUGUCCAGCAGCCUGUUCUGCCGCGCUCAGCUAUGAUCCCUGCUGCUUCACAACCUCAGCCACCGCACCCUGAAUCCAUAGCACCAGCAGUCGUGCGGAAACGGCCAUGUCCCGGAAUGGAACGGCCAAUUGCACCACGCCCCUCUACUGUGCCAUAUGACCAAGGAACCAGCGCUUCCAUUACAUCUCCAAACAUGAACGAGCCACCAAAGAAACGAGGGCGCCCAACCAAAGCAGAAGCGGAACGGAAAAGAGCAGAAGAGGAACGGAAGAAAGCAGCUGCAGAAGCCAAAGGGGAGAGGUAUCCGCCUCCCAGGCGAAGGGGCUCAGGGAAAUCCAAAGCCUCAACUGCAACUGUCCCCAACAGUCCGGCCGGAUCGCUUGGGGCUACUGGCAUUUCCUUUUCUCCCCGUGCCAAUGCCCAGGGUUUCGAGGGGUUCAAACCUGAACCUCAAAUCCACCAUAGACCUCCCGCUGGACAACCGUUGGACCGGUCCGCUGGCUUUGGAGGAAAUGAACAAAGACCAAGGGCUAUGAGCGAUCAGAUUCUGAGACCGGUCAACAAUACUACCAGCAGGGAACUUCCGCGACCAAUGGAAGCAAGGCAGACUCUCCCAUCGCCUCAAGAAUUACAGUUGGGACAUCCGGAACCGAUGCCACGAUUUAAUCCUAGCCACCCACCCCUUGAACAUUUCCAUCCUGAUCGAAUCCCGCGGGCAUUCGAUACACCUCGACCUAUGCUGGCAGAACCUGCCAGCAAUAGGAGACCGGAGUAUCGUAUAAUAGCGCCGGCACCGACCUUGGACCCAGCAACUGAGAAAACAUCACGAUGA